GUGUUUAUUCGCUGUAUGCAAGUUUCGAUGUGAUAGAAAGGAAAAUAAGAAAAAAAGAUUAUUCUCGAACAUAUCAAACGAAAAAUGCCAGUGAAAUGGAGAAUAAUCUUUAAUAUUCGUGCUUUCCUUUCGUUUUAUAAAGGAAGUACACGAGUGAAACAUGAGUGAAAUAAUCCGAAAUAACAUGAGUGUUAAAAUAAUCAUAAAUGUGAAAAUAUUCAGUUCCAGUUCUAUAAAAGAUGAAGAAUUGUAUCGAUUUGAACCAAUCUCACGCCAUUGUGCCGCUGUGGAAUUUAAUAGAUCAUUUUGUGACUCUCCUAGUUCGGGUGUGUAGUUGUGAGCACAAAAAUAGCUAUGUAUGAAAUGUCAGAUAUCUGGGAAUGCGUCUGUGUGCACAAUCCUAACGCAACGAUCUGACAGUUCCAAAUGCUAGAGAGAAAAUAUCCUCCAAGAAAACUUCCAAAACUGAAGUAAAUUGAGCGAAGCUUUGAAAUCGUGCCGAAAAAACAGACACCAAAACUCCCAGUUCGUUUAACAUUCCAGAUGAAUUAGAUGCUUUGUAUUUAAACAGUUCAUUUGGAUUUUGCAAAAUAUAGUAUAAAAAAUGGCAUACAGCGCAGAUCUAUUCAGGUAUAUGGAUAGUGUAAAGGGAAAAUAUACGUAAACAAUAACGUAAAAGAUGAGAUAUAGUUGAAUGGAAAGGGGUAUAGAGCUAUUGUGUAAUAAUCUACAGGGUGAAAGUGUCUAACAGAACCUGAAUCUUAUAUUCUAACUAAUUGAAUAAUACUUUUUGCCACAUCCAGUCAAUUUGAGUAGAUAUUGCGGGAAAUUCAAACCCGUUCACAAAAUAGCUCGCGUAUAAUUAUUAACAAUCCCACUCAAAUAGGGCGGGCCAAUACAGGAUUGAAGAGCUCUCCUUCAAAUUCCUUGUGCGCAGUAAACAUCUUUAUUUGCUCAAGUAACUUUUUGCGAAAAUUUAAAUGUCGUUUUCUUUCUUUAAUAAUAUUAUACAUUACGAUUAUCGGCGAUGAACUGCAUAUGGAUUGUGUAAAUCAUGCAGGUAUGCAAGUCGCCAAAACAAAAAUAGUUCAAGCUGGUCUAAUAGUGACUAAAAAAUCUCUGUCAAGAGGAGAGGCGUUAUAAACAUCACUACGUAUUACCGAUAUCAAUAUAUAAAACCCUUAAAAAAUAAAAGGUGUGUGAAUGCAUUGUGACAUUGGAAAAACAAGAUUAUUUUGUCGUAAGGACUUCAGUCCAGCAUAUGUUUUGUGUGUGUCUGUGCAAUGAGCAAUCAAUGACUUUGCCAAAGAGCCAUUAAUAUACAGUGAUGUAUUUAUAACAAAUUUCAAUGUGAGAUGAAAGCUGGAGACCAUAUCAAAAUUACAAAAUGCGAAUGUUAGAUUGUUGUAUUCAAAAGGUGUGAAAACAAGAAUAUGUGCUUAGCCGGGACACAAACCAUUACCAAGCUAAAAAUAAUUCGGCAUUUUCUACUCUCUCGAGAGAGCUUUUUUCGGAAGAAGUCAUAAACACUAAGCCCAUCGAAUAUUUACUGAAAAAUGUUGUUACCUACGUGUUUUAUUUUGAUUAAAAAGUGAAGAACGAAACAGGUGAAAUUAAGGCUAUAUUUAUUGCAAAAUAUAAAUUGUGCGAUCGAUAACAUAAUUACCUCUGGGAUCUGUGAUAUCAAUAUUAGUCUUUUGCUCGGUUAUAAUAUAAUUCAAUGUGACCCAUUCUAUUUAAUGUUGUUGACAAAGUUAUGCUUGUGAAUUCCGUCUAUUUACGUAGUAAAUCUAUUAAAGUUGUCAGUGAAAACCAGAUUGUACAGGAUUUAAGCUGCAGUGCAGUGUUCGAUUGAUUUUUUUUUAAUAAUGUGAAUGAAGUGCUAGUUAUUCAACGCUACCAACCUUUGAUUAGUUUUGUUAGUUUUAACAUCACGCUCUACCAACAAUGGUACUCCCAUUCUGUUGCACAAAAUACUAGUUCAGCGUUUGGAUUACUUGAUGUUGCAGAAAUAAUACAUUGUCCGUCAUGUGUUAUAAAUUAUGCAUCAAAGUGGCGCUCGUACUUAAUUAGCUUUAUACGCAAAUGGUAUUAGCGGAUCGAGUGAUCUAUAAGACUUAGAGAAAAACUUAUUGCUGAUCUUCAUGGUGAAGGAGCAGUAAAACUCAUAUGAUUGAAUUAAGUACAAAAUAGCUGCCAAUACGGCAGGGGGAAUUGUAAACUACAAGAUAUACAGAUUUCCAAUAAUUGUGCCCGCUGCCAAUCUCGUCUCCUAUCUGCUCAAUAAACGCCACAAAACGAAACGUUCCGCGAAUAAACGGCGUCGGAGUGUCCGUGGACAAACCCGAACGCCGUGUCUUGUUUCAAUAUUACCGAUGUCCACUAAUGAGCCGGACUCGGCUGGAACAUCUUCACAUGGACUAAGACGCCGCACAACGCAAGGUCUACUAAAGCACGCGGAAGCAGCAGCUACAUCUACAGCCUCUGCAUCGGAAGCAGAAGCCGCGGUAGCCGCUUUGGCUUCAAUGAUGGAACCACCAGCCAGCAUUAUUAUGAAAGCUGCUGCAGCAGCGGCGGCGGCAGCUGCUAAGGCUGCCGCCGGAUCUGUUACCACUAAAGAGGAACCGGAUUGUGGGGAGAUAAACGAUCGUGUCGCAUCUUCAGUUGAUUCUAGUAUGGACAGUAGCGCGCUAGCAAAUUGCCUUUCGAGCACAAUCUCAUCCUUACGUAGUUCUGGGAAUUGUAGCACUGGAAAUGGUGGUGGAGGUGGUAAUAUUAGUGGAGGAGACGACAACUUGUCAGACAAUUCAGAAUCUACAUCUGGAGCAACGACUACGACGUCGAGUACCGCAGCAGCUCAAUUAUUGGAAAAUCUCAAACAUAAUCUGAACCAUCAUAACCACAACAAUAACAACUCAAGCGUGAUCAACAACAAUAAUCCACUUCACAUCAACAACAAUAACAACAACAAUGGCAACCGUAAGCUUUUUGAAUGUGAUGUUUGUAAUAUGAAGUUCUCCAAUGGAGCAAACAUGCGCCGGCAUAAGAUGCGCCAUACUGGUGUAAAACCGUAUGAAUGCCGAGUAUGCCAAAAACGAUUCUUCCGUAAGGAUCAUUUGGCGGAACACUUCACGACGCACACGAAAACCCUACCGUACCAUUGUCCAAUUUGUAAUCGAGGGUUUCAACGGCAGAUUGCAAUGCGUGCACAUUUCCAAAACGAACACGUUGGUCAGCACGACCUCGUCAAGACCUGUCCCCUAUGUAGCUAUCGGGCAGGUACGAUGAAAUCACUGAGAGUGCAUUUCUUCAAUCGGCACGGUAUCGAUUUAGAUAAUCCGGGACCUGGAACGCCGUCGUCAUUGCUACUUGCCCUUGAUCAACAUAACCCGGCAAACUUGUUGCCGGCGGCACUGGCAGCUAUGAACGCUGUCAAUGCCUCGUUUAGCGAUGGAAGUGCAGCAGCUGCGGCAGCUGCAGCAGCAGCCGAUUCUAUGCAGCGAUCAAUAGACAACGGCACACCGCCAAUGCACUUUCUAACCCCGCAUGUCGAAAUCUCGAUGGACAAUGCGGAUGAUGACAACAGCUUACCACUUAACUGUAGUCGUGACGGCCCCACCGGUACUGGAAAUUCCGCCGGAAAUCAACAGGAAUUACACCAAGGGAAUAGAUCGCACAACGGAACUCCUUUGCUGCAUUCAAACGGGCCUAGCCCUGGGGGCAACAAUGAUCGCAACACACCGACAACAUCAUCUACAUCUGCAACGAUCUCUUCUGCGCUGGACAUUCAUGCAAUUGUGCGGCCAUCUAAUGGUGGAACACCAAAUGUAGCGUCAACUGGAUCUCCGGUUGGUUCGCCUCAUUCGGCAGAUUCAAACGCUCCUUCCAGUUCCCAAUCUUCAUCGUCGUCGACGACUAAUACGAUGCUUCCGACAUUAGUACAAAGCUCAAGGCAUAUUAUUUUUGAUAACCCUAUUACACCAUCGAUUAGCUUAAUACCUAUAAAGCAGGAACCAACAACGAACGAUGAGUACAACGAUAUUAAACCAAGAAGCAGUAGUAGCGCCGAACCACCCUCUUCGAAUAUCAGUCAUUCAUCGGAAUGUGUAACUCCUUCGUCUAGUUUGACAUCAUUAAUCAAGGUAUCACCAUUGAAGUCAUUGUUGCGAGAAGACCUAAAGCGAAGAAUUUCGGCACGUGCCACAACUCGUGCAACCAGGAACGGAAUACUGGCCAGUAGUUCACCCAUUCCGACUAGUAGUCCCAUUCCAAAUAGUUCAAAUACUGUUACUCCUGGAGCUACUCAGGAUAGUGGCAAUGGAAGCAACAGUUCGAGCAGCUCAAGUAGCAGCUCCAGUAGUAGCUCUAGUAGCAGCAGCAGUAUAGCCGCUAUUGCUGCCGCAACUACCUCAAAUGGCACCAUCACCUCCACCGGACAGGAAACCGACCUACUACUAUCCCUGACCACCAAAUCGACACGAAACUUACAGUGUCUCUUUUGUGGCAUCGAGUUUCCGGAUCAAACUCUUUAUUUUCUGCACAAAGGAUGUCACAGUGAAAGCAACCCAUGGAAGUGCAAUAUUUGUGGAGAGCAAAUGAACAAUGUGUACGACUUCAACUCACACUUACUCAGUAAAAGUCAUCAAUGAUGUUAAGCGAGGGAAAGAGAAACAGUUUACUGGUGAUGUUUCUCUUUUUCUGAUCGCUUACUUAUCAUUGAACUAUCGUAAAUCUCACGAAUCGCCGUAAACUGUCGAGGGCUACCUUGAUUAAGAAACCUGGAUAAUGGCUUCCCUUCCAAGAACGCCUUGAAACGGUUGGAAAUGCAUCACUAGGAUCUACUACCAUUGUACAAGAAUCGUCCAGCGUACCUUUGUGUGUUGUACCAUUAGUAGUGCCGUACUACACAUAUUACGGCUGUGUGACUGCGUUCUGUAGUCCACAUUUCUUCAGGUUUCAGAAUGAUACAAGCAAUGGGUAAACGAACCAAUAGUAAAACGAACACGUGCCUACGACACAUAGCGAUGGCAACAAGCAUUGUUAUCGUUAUUCUAGUAGGUAAAAUUUGGCAGAUUUACAGUCCGUCCAGUAGCCUUUAAAAGGAAAUAGCAAAAUCGAAAGCAAAUAGGGAAAUUGAUGUGUAAUUUGAACAUCCUGUACGGUGUAAUGCAAAGAUAGAUAUUGAAUUCAGAAUGGAUAGUAGACCAUAUAUGAAAUGCAUGAAAAAUUGCUUAGUGGAAGCCUCCAAGGACUCAUUAUUUUCUUAUUCAAAAUAGCAUCGCACAGCAUCGAGACUCUGAAACAUACAGAUUAUAGCCAAAGCACAAAUUAUAUGAAGCAGAAAAAGAAUAGUAAGUGGAACGAGAAACAGCAACAGGCGAUUGAAUCCGUUAUGUCUGUUAGUGGAGCCCGACUAUCGCUUUUGUAACUGUUAUAUAUACAACACUGCAGUUGAUUUUGCAAUAUCCAGUGACUCAAAAUCACAACGCCUAAAUUACUAUCGGGCCAGAAAUGUAGCCAUAUUUUUAUGGUUACUAGGAAGUUUGCAACACCAGUAAACCAACUGCAGUGAUUCGUAUUUUAUUUUUUAAAUUCAGAUUCUUUAACAUUCUUCGAAUCAUGAAGCUGAUCAAGUAGAAUGGAUAACCCCUGCGAGGAGUUAAAUCAGAGUACGUAAUAGCUGACAACUUCGAUAUUUGAAUCAAUUGCACAGUAAUGAUUCUGACCCUGGGACAGUAAAGAAUUCAAUUCAGGAAAUCAUCAUUUAUAAAUUUUAGUACCACCGUGGCGAAACCGAUUUCACUGUAAAUGAAAAAAACGAAAAAUUCAAAGUAGAUUACAAUGUUUACUUAAGAAAUAUCCUUUUCCUUGCGUCACAAACCCUUACAUAUAGGUUUUCGGUUUUGUUUGUUAAGAUGUUAGAGGAUAAAAACAAUGUUUUGUUGAAAAUGUUUUGUUUGCUAUUGUUUUUUUUUUUCAAACCCAUGCUAAUAUGUAUGAUCCCCAUACAAGCAUCACCAUGAUUAGAAAAGCAAAACAUUCAACACGAUACAAUGUAAUACAAUUAGUCUUUUAAUGGUCGGUUCUGCACAAAAGCUCUUAAAAGGAUAUUAACUAAGUGUUUGUAUAAAGUGUGAUUCCUUUAUCCUAAUGCGGGCUGAAGAAGGUGUAGUAUAUAGGUGUGUAAGAUGUGUACGAAGGGAUGUGGAUUGUACAUAUUUGUGUGUGUGUGUGUGUGUGUGUGUGUGUGUGUGUGUGUGUGUGUGUGUGUGUGUGUGUGUGUGUGUGUGUGUGUGUGUGUGUGUGUGUGUGUGUGUGUGUGUGUGUGUGUGUGUGUGUGAAUGUGUGAUAUUAAAGAUGAAAUUUAUAUUUUGCUUCUUUUUUGUUACUGUUGUAGUAUGGUUUGUGUGUUCUGCUUUGUCGUUUUUUCUUGUCUGUUAUAAUCUGUAAUUUGCUUCAAAUAAUUUUCGUUCAACAUUUAUGCAAACCUGCUUAAAAAUAAAUAGUUCAUUGUACUUUUUGGUUCUUGAAAUUGAUUGGUUCUUGACUCCCAUUAUUAUGUAAGAAACUAGGAUAGCUGAAAUCAGGAAAGGAAAUAUGUAACAGAAAUAUUGUUCAAAUUUUACAAUAGAACAGUGUUGUUAUACCACAAUUGAAAUUGUGGAUUAUAUGAGCAACUAAACAGGACAAAAAUAUAAUUAUAUUUAUAUAAAAUCUUGUUGUUAUUAUAAAACGUAACUCAUAGAAGAAGUAUAGCAGAAACAGAGGUAAAAUCAUUGAUACAUAUUUUUCUUCUGUAGAUAAAGAUCUAAAACAAAUUAAGUAAUCCAAGAAGUGUUAUUUUCGUAUUUUUAUAGCUGCAUGUUGAAUAAACAAAGGACGACUUCUAAAGCAAAAAUUCAUCUCAUCACUCCCUCAAACUUGUUUCAAACUAAAUUGGUUCAACUACUCAGCACCUACCUUCACUAGAAUAUAGUGAUAUAGAAAUAUCAAACUGGCAUGGAAACAAAACACUUAACAAGCUGCUUGUUGUGAAUGUGAAAUGUGAAUUAUUGACCGAAAACUAUCCGGCGAUAUCGACCAUAGACAAAUUAGCAAAUCUUGUUGCAACAUUUCAUUCAUUCAUUUCAUGUAAUUCAUUUCAUUGUUCAAAUACUUAUCGAGGUAAUUUCAUGGCAUACCAUUCUUGUGCAGCUGUGUACGAAUUUCUUAUUUAUACCCUAUCAAAAACAAAAAUAGUUGUACCAAAAUCUGUAUUUUUGUUUAGUAUCGAAUAAAACAUCUGCAAAAGCAUUUAGAAAAAAAAACAAUACAACGACAUAAAAAACAACUUGCUUGUGGGUCAGUGUUAAAAAGUAUUUCUAAAAAAAUAUUCAUGCUCAUCAAAUUUCAAAGGAAAACAACAGCUGUUUUUGGUUUUUAAAUAAUUCUGGAAUGAAUAAAACCACGUGAAAUGUUACGAAACUUUGUAAUAUUUUGGGGCAACUAUAAAAAGUACAACAAACUCAGAGAACAAAUCAAGUUUAAAGAAGAAAAUAGGUAUUUUCUUAAAACUAGGCCAAUAGUUAAAUAGUAAGCUGAAUAAAAGAGUGAAACUAUUUUAGUAUUCUCCCUCUGUACCUUAACCUUAACUCACUGUAAAUGAAAUCUAAAAAAUACGGAAAAAUUUAACAUAUUCCAUAUUGAAACAUUUUACAUGUUUUAAAAUAAUUAUUCGGCUACCCAAAAAAUCACACCAUGGAUAAAGAAUAAAAAUGAAAAUGGUAUGAACAUAAUGUACUUGAUGAAAGAAGAACAACUAUACGGCUUGCAAACUCAACUAUAAAUAAAACAUGAAUUUCAUUUCAAAGAUAUAAUUACUGGGGAACUAAAAGAAGUAAAUAACCAGACUAUGUACAAAACAAAAUUUUUAAUUUAAAGUACAGUUGAUAAAUGUCUCUCAAAAUUGUCUUGGUUUCUUCAAAGGGGUUUAUAAAAAGAUUGAAACACAAACCAAAAUUAACACUUCAAGAGUGUGCAAAACAAAAAGGGAAAAAACUAAAAAUCCGUAAGUUUAAAACAAUAUUGAUAUUUGCAAAUACUCCAUGACCUACCCAUGAUGUAUUACAAGCACGAUUAGUAGGCUUGUACCACCAAAGUAGUUCCAAAUAAAUAUGAUAUGGAUAUUAAAUUAAAAAAAAUGCUAUUCGAAAUAAUGCAGCUCAAGCAGUAGUAAAACAUUAACAGCAAUUGUCUUCUUAUUGCUUGAUACAAAUAAUUCAUCUCAACUUAAAAGUUAUAUCUUUCAAAAAUCUUGAUAUAAUUCUGAUCUAAAUGGCGAAUGUUUCAUUCCUAAAUAUUCAAAAUUUAGCAGUACUCUGAUAAACGUUGGAAUAUGUACGGAAAAGACAUGUUGGUGCACUUCUUUCUUCUUCUCACGAAACAAAAAAAAAACAAAAUACAUUCAUACCAAAUCCUAUUCAAUUAAAAAUUCUAGAAUGUUGUGAAUUUAUUCACUAAAAAUAUUCAAAAUUAAUCAAUUUGAAUAAAUUUCCAUUUUUUCUACAGUUCAAUUUGUAUAUAACACGCGCAUUUGCAGUUUGAUCUAAUGGGCAGCUAUAUCAAUCAAUCUUUAAAAAACAGUUACCGUUGUGCACCAUGUUGCAAGUCAUAUUUAUGUCAACAUACACAUUUGCAAAUGAUAUGAGUUUUGCUAAAGAGUAAACAACUUCAAAAACAGCUGAUAGACUGUCGAACAAAGCUGUCAACAGCAUUACCUGAGUGUUUUUUUAUGAAACAAGAAAUGAUAUGAAUUUCAAUUAAUUAUAUAUGAUUUAGUGCGCUACAGUAGCGGUAAAGAAAGAGAAAAAAACGACAACAUAAAUGACCGGUACUUUGACAUACAAAACACACAAAUAUUAAAGCAAGAUCAUGGGCAAAAUUCUACAAUAGCUUCAAUUUCCAUCGCAAUAACUAUAAAAUCAAUAGACAACGCAGAUUAAUCAACCAAAAAGGGUGCCUUUAAACAAAAGCAUGUAUAAAUAAUGAAAAAUUGAUAUAGUACACAAGCUAUAAAAUCAUAUUAUACUUACAAAUUUUAUUUAUAAAGAAAACAAUAACUUGCUUCACAAAACACCUGGUUGAUGAAGUAGGUUUUAUGGUUAAAUGUCCAAACUGAAAGAAACGCAGGCAACAUACAACAACAAUAGCUUAGACAGAUAAAA